AUGGCUUCCAUAACAUUUUCCGGCACUUCUGGAAACUCCUUUUUUCUGCCAACAGCUUCUGUUCACUCCAAUCAAAAUAUAAGAGAUGGCUUUAAUCCAUUGAAGAAGAACUUGAGUGACACUAGAAAGAAACACAAUGGUCGGGGCUUGGUGUCCACGAAUGUCGCAAGUCCGCCAUUACCAGCUGUGGCUCCUCUGCUGCCGAGAAGAGAGAGCGGCAAUAGUGGCAACCGGAGCCACGUGGCGUGGACCAGCGUGCGGCAGGAGAGAUGGGAAGGAGAGCUGCUUGUCCAAGGAGAAAUACCAUUCUGGCUGAAAGGGACGUACUUAAGAAAUGGUCCAGGGCUAUGGCACAUUGGGGACUACAACUUCCGCCACCUCUUUGACGGCUACGCCAUGCUGGUCAAACUCCAGUUUGAAGACGGCCGCCUCAUCGCCGGCCACCGCCAAAUUGAAUCCGAGGCCUACAAGGCUGCCAUGAAGACCCAAAAGUUAUGUUACCGUGAAUUCUCAGAGGUUCCUAAGCCCGACAAUUUCCUAUCCUACAUAGGCGAGUUAGCCAACCUAUUCUCUGGGGCAUCUCUGACCGACAACGCGAACACCGGAGUGGUCAUGCUCGCAGAUGGUCGGGUCGUGUGCCUUACGGAGACCCAGAAAGGAUCCAUAGUCAUAGACCCUGCCACCUUGGACACUUUGGGGAAAUUUGAGUACAGUGAUACAUUGGGGGGUUUGAUACACUCGGCACAUCCUAUUGUGACAGAAACCGAGUUUCUGUCUUUACUACCCGAUUUGAUCAACCCGGGUUAUUUGGCAGUCAGGAUGGAACCGGGUACCAACGAGAGGAAGGUGAUUGGGCGGGUUGCUUGUAGUCGUGGACCAGCACCGGGUUGGGUGCACUCCUUUCCGGUGACAGAGCACUACAUAAUUGUACCGGAAAUGCCAUUGAGAUAUUGUGCUGGGAAUUUGCUCAAGGCCGAGCCCACACCAUUGUACAAGUUUGAGUGGCACCCUGAAUCUAAAGCAUUUAUGCAUGUCAUGUGUAAAGCUAGUGGCAACAUUGUGGCGAGUGUGGAAGUGCCAUUAUACAUAACGUUCCAUUUCAUAAAUGCUUAUGAAGAAAAAGAUGAGGAUGGGAGGGUGACGGCGGUCAUUGCAGAUUGUUGUGAGCACAACGCUGAUACAACGAUUCUGGACAAGCUGAGGAUACAUAACCUACGCUCAUAUACUGGCCAAGAUGUAUUGCCAGAUGCUAGGGUUGGAAGGUUUAGAAUACCAUUUGAUGGAAGUGCAUAUGGAAAAUUGGAAGCAGCAUUAGACCCAAACGAACAUGGAAGAGGGUUGGACAUGUGCAGCAUAAACCCUGCCUACUUGGGCAAACAAUACAGAUAUGCUUAUGCUUGUGGGGCUCAGCGGCCAUGCAACUUCCCCAACACCCUCACCAAGAUUGAUUUGGUGAACAAGAAGGCUAAGAAUUGGCAUGAUGAGGGGGCAGUACCCUCCGAACCAUUCUUUGUGGCUCGACCCGGGGCAACCGAAGAAGAUGAUGGAGUUGUAAUCUCGAUGGUUAGUGGGAAAAAUGGAGAUGGGUAUGCACUGUUAUUAGAUGGAUCCACGUUCCAAGAGAUUGCAAGAGCUAAGUUCCCCUAUGGCCUUCCAUAUGGGCUGCAUGGAUGCUGGGUUCCCUCCAAAUAAAGUGAAUAUAUAUUCAAAGAGCUAGAUAUAUAGUUCAUACGACUUCUACUUCAGAGGCUAGCCAGGAGAAAAAGAAAAUGUUUCUACUUGGACUGCAUUGAUUGUAUAGCUCAUGGUUUAGGUAUACAUAGAAACAGAUUUUCUCCUAUGCGGAUGUGUGGACAUCAUGUAUUUUCUACAACCCCUCCCUGAUA